CAAAAUUGCAAAAAAAAACAUGAGUGAUUUAUUGCACAGCGAAGAUAUAAACGAUUUCGACGAAUCGACGGACGCGAACGACAGAAAAUUCGCCGUAAUUAUCGGUCACAUCGAGGAAUUGAUGGUCAACGAGGCCUUCAAGCGCUUCGUCGACGACUUUUUCGAUCGGGUUCGAGUCACGCCGGAAAACGAGAAGGAAAUUCACGUGAAAUACAGCGAAACCGUCAGAGGAUACGUCGAAGACGAGAUCAAGGAGCGUUUGGCUAAUUUCGACAUGAAUAAAUUCUACGAGGAUUUGCACGCGAGGAAAAACGACGUGGAAUUCGAUGUCUAUGAAAUCAUAUCGUCUUUCAAAGAUUUCGAUACGUUUAAAAACGUUUAUUACGGAUACUUUAGAGAUGGGAAGGAUAAAGUUAAAUCGGAUGAUUUAUCUGCUAAUGCUAUAUCUAUUGUGAGUUACCAAAAUUCUUGAUAAAUCG